AUGCCUCAAGGUGAUCACAUUGAAUUGCACCAAAAAAGAUUUGGUAGACGUCUUGAUCAUUAUGAAAAAGUACGUAAGAAGACAGCACGUGCUGCUCAUAAAAGAUCAGCAAUAGCACAAAAAGUAACAGGUUUAAAAGCUAAAUUAUAUAAUAAGAAACGUUAUUCAGAAAAAGCUGAAAUGAAGAAAACCAUUGCUAUGCAUCAAGAGAGAACAAAUAAGAAAGCAUCAGAUGAUAAAGUUAAAGAGGGUGCAGUACCAGCCUAUCUUUUGGAUAGAGAGGGAGUUAGUAGAGCAAAGGUACUCUCAAAUAUGGUUAAACAAAAGAGAAAAGAGAAAGCAGGUAAAUGGGAUGUACCAUUACCAAAAGUUAGAGCCAUUAGUGAGGAUGAAAUGUUUAAAGUUGUUAAAUCUGGUAAACGUCAAAAGAAAGCAUGGAAACGUUUUGUUACAAAAGUCACCUUUGUUGGUGAAGGUUUCACUCGUAAACCACCCAAGUAUGAACGUUUUAUUCGUCCAACUGGUUUACGUUUCAAAAAGGCUCAUGUAACUCAUCCAGAGUUAAAAUCAACUUUUUAUCUCGAUAUUUUAUCAGUUAAAAAGAAUCCACAAUCUCCAACCUAUACUCAAUUGGGUGUUAUCACUAAAGGUACUAUCCUUGAAGUUAAUGUUUCCGAUCUUGGUUUAGUAACUCAAACUGGUAAAGUAGUUUGGGGUAAAAUGGCUCAAGUAACUAAUAAUCCUGAAAAUGAUGGUUGUAUUAAUGCAGUUUUAUUAGUUUAA